CAAGGAGGACUCUCCCCACUCCACAUUGCUUGUGCUCUGCCAGGUGAUGUGGGCAUACAGAUGACAGAGUUAUUGCUACAUGCCCUUGCUGACCCCAAUGCCAGAGCUGAGGAGGAUGAUUCAUUUCUGAAUCAUUUUUUGGAAGAGGAUUGGUCAAAAGAUGUUAUUCCAGAAGCGUCUAAAUCCUUACUGGGAGGAAGGACACCACUACAGAUUGCAUGUAGCAGAGAUGACGAUUACAAGGAUUCUUGCAGCAUCGUCAGACUAUUACUGGAACAUAAAGCAGAUACCAACCUCCUGUGCAAUGGGUUCUCUCCCCUGGCUUUGGCUAUUGCCAGUGGCAAUGAUAUGGCUGUGGAUGAACUCAUCACUUUUGGAGCCGAUCCAAGUUUGCCACUGACACACGGCUUGGGCAGUGCCAUGUGUGUGGCAGCCAGCACUCAGUAUGAACAUCGACGCACAUUGUCAAGUAGAUUACAGCUGAUAGAAAAGCUGGUCAAGGCUGGUGGUGAUAUUCUAGUUCCUGUUCCUGUUGGACCCAAAAGAAUUAUGGGAACAGUAGUUGACUAUUUGUACCAUGUGUACAAUCAAGAUCGUAGAAUAGCUCACGUGCCUUAUCACGCCCUCACUCCCGCAGAGCGGGAAACAUACAAUGCCCGUCGCCAGCUGCUAGCACAUGUAGGAGAUAUUGCCAGAUUAAAAGCAGUGGAGAGAGAGAAGAGAAGAAACUUGGAGGAGGAGAGAGAAGGAAUGAGAAGCCAAAGUCCAAGUGCAAACUUUGUGUAUACUGGUUCUGGAGCAAAAGUCCCUCCAGGUACAAAACCAAAAUCUGCAUCAAAAGCUGGUCACAGCCAAGUGAAAUUUGAAUCUUCAAAUAAAGAAGAGGCAGAAAGAAAGCCACUGUUCAAGUACUGCUACGAGUGUUCCCGCAGCGUGGGUGUGCGUCUGACUGCAUGCACACGGUGCAAGGGGGUGUACUACUGCAGCAACGCCUGCAAGAUGAAAGCCUGGAACACCAGGCAUAAAGAUGAAUGCAUUCGAAUAACAGCUCGAUCCAGAAGCCCCAGUGCAAAGAGCAAGAAAGAAGUUCCAGGUUCUGCAACUGCAGCAAGCAGGGGAAAAGAUAUCAAAGGUUCUAAAAUUAACGUGA